AUGGAGUUCAAGCUUUCGUGGGCACUGGUGGUAGUACUGGUGGGGGUGGGCUUGGGCUACUUCGGCCGCGGCAUCAUCGCCCACCUCAAGGCUCCGGGCGCUCAGCAACUCGCUGGUGCCGACUACAGCGCGCCCUCUUCGUGGGUCGGCUACCGCUUCGCGCAGUGGGCCGAUCGAGUGCUGAUGUAUCUGCGGAGCAAACUGGUGCCGCCUCCCUACAUGGCGCUGCAGCUGGCCACUUCACACUUCACCUCUCAAGCGCUACAUCUCGUGGCCAAGCUGGGGAUAGCCGACCUGAUCGGCGAUGGCAGUAAGACCGCAGGCGAGCUGGCCAAAGCCAACGACGUCCUCGAAGAGAAUCUCUAUCGCAUCCUCAGGACUCUGGCCAGCGUCGGCUACUUUUAUGAAGACAAGCCGCGCUCCUUUCGCAACACCGAGCUUUCGUCCGUGCUUCGCAAGGAUCACCCUUCGACGGUGCGCAAUCUAGUGAUGGCCUAUCACGACCACGUCCACUGGGGCGCAUCCGACGGCAUGCUCCUCACCCUGACAGAAGGUGUUGUGGGGUGGAGAAAGUACCUGCCCGACGAAACGUUCUGGGAUUACUACGAAGACAACCGAGUGCAGAACGAGGUGUUCAACCAGGCCAUGGCCGAAACCAACGCACUGCGUGGCGCUGCCGUCAUUGAGGACUACGACUUCCGCCAGUUUGAGCAUGUGGUGGACGUGGGCGGAGGUCGAGGCAAGUUUGUGAACAUGCUGCUGCGGCGGUACGUGAACAUGACCGCCACCAUCUACGAUCAGCAGCACGUCAUCGACGAGGCGAUCAUCGAGUGGCAGGAGCGGUACGGCAAGAAUGUGAUCAACUAUCAGGAUCGUGUGUUUAUGGAGGCCGGCGAUUUCUUCGAGAGCGUGCCGUCGGGCGGUGACUGCUACGUGCUCAAGGGCGUCGUCAGCCAGCUGGACGAUGCCAAGGCCCUCACUCUUCUCCAGAAUGUGAGGCAGGCCAUGCAGCAAAAGGGAAAGAAGCUGGUGCUGGUGGAGGCCGACUUUAUCAAGCCCCACGACCAGCGGCAGAUCAAUCUGGCCCUGGACCUGGUGUCGAUGACGGUCUACCAGGGCAAGGGCCGGACGCAGGAGGAAUUCGCGCGGCUGCUGACCAGCGCCGGCUUCGACCUCAAGCGUGUGGUCGAGACGCGCAGUCCCUUCACCGUCAUCGAAGCUGUCGCACAACUGCGCAAUGUCGACUGA